AACUGCAGACCUUCUCAGUGGCGCGAGUCUCGUGGGUCCCCUGGCGGCGCGCGUUCCCUCCCUCCUCGGCUCCAGGAUGAUCGGCCAGAAGACCCUCUACUCCUUCUUUACCCCGAGCGCCCCCAGGAAGCGACAUGCCGGCGGCCCCGAGCCGGCCGACCCGGGGACCGGCGUGGCGGCGGUGGCUGAGGAGAGCGGGGAUGCGGCGGCCAGCCCCCCCAAGAAGGCCCGAGCCGGGCAGGAGGACCCCAGCACGCCGCCCUCCUCGCCGCUGAGCCCCGAGCAGCUGGACCGCAUCCAGAGGAACAAGGCCGCCGCCCUGCUCAGACUCGCGGCGCGCAACGUGCCGGUGGGUUUCGGUGAGAGCUGGAAGAAGCAUCUUAGCGGAGAGUUCGGAAAACCGUAUUUCAUAAAGCUAAUGGGGUUUGUUGCAGAAGAAAGAAGACAUCACACUGUUUAUCCACCCCCACACCAAGUCUUCACCUGGACCCAAAUGUGUGACAUAAGAGAUGUGAAGGUUGUCAUCCUGGGACAGGAUCCGUAUCAUGGACCCAAUCAAGCUCACGGGCUCUGCUUCAGUGUUCAAAGACCUGUUCCACCUCCACCCAGCUUGGAAAACAUUUAUAAGGAACUGUCCACAGACAUAGAUGGCUUUGUUCAUCCUGGUCACGGAGAUUUGUCUGGGUGGGCCAAACAAGGUGUUCUCCUACUCAACGCCGUCCUCACGGUCCGCGCGCAUCAGGCCAAUUCUCACAAGGAGAGAGGUUGGGAGCAGUUUACCGACGCGGUCGUGUCCUGGCUAAAUCAGAACUCCAAUGGCCUCGUCUUCUUGCUCUGGGGCUCUUAUGCUCAGAGGAAGGGCAGUGCGAUCGACAGGAAGCGGCACCACGUGCUGCAGACUGCUCAUCCCUCCCCGUUGUCCGUGUACAGAGGGUUCUUUGGGUGUAGACAUUUCUCUAAGACCAACGAGCUGCUGCAGAAGUCCGGCAAGGAGCCCAUCAACUGGAAGGAGCUGUGACCCUGAACUGGGGGCAUCUCCAGGCGGUUUUCUAGAAGCUGCUAUUGAAGUUGCAAAGUCCGAUUGAAAAAGCAUUUCCCUGGUUCUUAAGCACUCUGCAUAAGGGAAGGUUUCGGGAAAGCAGCCAUGAACCAGGCUGCCCAGGAGAGGCCGCUUUAUCCAGCCUGGACGUGCCCUGUGACCACGUCUCCUCUGCAGCAUGGCUUUGGCCUAACACGCGCCAUCAGCCCAAGUUCUUGGAAGAGAGAUGAGGUCACACUCUAGACUCUUCCCCUCUGUUUCCUUGGGCUAAGGGGGGAGAUAAGCACCUGUUUGGUACAGCCAGCUGCUACUUGUUUAUACCUGGUAGGUUAGACUGUAAGUUAUCAGGUGUUGGGUGUGUUUAUUUAGAAGGGCCCCCCUCUGCCCAGCCUGGCCUUCCAGCCUCGGCCAGGUCCACCGCCCCUUGAUCCUCACGGAGCCCUCAGGCCCCUCCUUGAAGGAAGCGCGAGGACGUUUUGCAAGUUCCCAGAAAGCCGGCCUCGCAGAAAUGAGGGAUGAAUUUCCUGGUUGUAGCAGAGGAGAAAAUUCCUAAGGAGUAAUCCUUGGUGUGAGCCUUCACAGACAGGCAGAGGCCGAAAGAAGUGAGCUGGGUCUUGUUUAUCCUGUUAUCCCGUGGGUGUUUCUAGGAGUAAGCAGUGGACGUUGAACAGGAAGGAAGAGAAAGGGGGCUUUUUUUUUUAGGGAAAGGAAGUGCUUUUCUCCUAGAUGUGUCCUGAGUUGGGGUUUUUAAGGCAGCACUGACUGCCAAAAGCUGUUUUUUAUAGACUGAAAUCACUUUGGGAUAUCUCUUUCUGCAACACUGGCGAAUUUUGCUUUGGUAAAAAUACUUGGCAAAUUUGUACAUAUAUUUUUUUAAUCCUUUGUUUAACAGACAAUCUUUAUUAGGUCGUCACCUCCAUCCUAGAUGCUGUUAGAGUUGCUGUUUUGCUAUUAGCUGGGUUUAAUAGUUAACCCUGUGUGAGUUUGCUAAUAAAAGAUUGUUGAAGUUUCA